AAAAUAUUUGUUGUUACUGGAAGGAGAGCGAGGAGCGGGCGUGAAGGGAAGGGCCUGUUUUAACGGACACACAAGCGGUUUUGCGUUCACGGGAGCACCGGAUACCGGACAUGUCGGUGAAUAUGGACGAAUUAAGGCAUCAAGUGAUGAUUAAUCAGUUUGUUUUGACCGCGGGAUGUGCGGCGGAUCAGGCGAAGCAGCUUCUCCAGGCGGCGCACUGGCAGUUUGAGACGGCCCUCAGCUCGUUUUUCCAGGAGGCCAACAUCCCCAGUCAUCACCAGAUGAUGUGCACACCACGCAACACUCCAGCCACCCCACCCAACUUCCCGGACGCCAUCACGAUGUUCUCCAAGCUGCGGGCGUCCGAGUGCCCUGGUGGAGGCGUAUCUGCGGGUGGAGGCUCCUCAGCGCAGGUGUCUAUGGCUUGUUCGCCUCCUCACGCCUCCUUCUGGGCCUCCUCGCCCCCAAACCAGCAGCCCGUGUGGCUCCCGCCGUCCUCCCCGACAGGACACCACACACUCCACCACCACCACCACCACCACCACAUGCAUCCGCCUCCCUCGUGGCCGCCCGUCCCACAGCCCGCCAACGGCCCGCAAACACCCGUCAUUUCAGCCCUGCACGGCCAGAGAUGAGGUCAAACCUCACUUUACGUUUAGCAGAGACUUCUGAGAUGGCCGCCGGAGGGGGGGGGGGCACCUGGUUUGUCUGUUUUCUAAACAAACAAUCUCGAUUUUGGAGAUCUCGCGUGUAUUUUUGUUCUUAUCUCGAUUUCUGUCCUGGGAGGAACCACUAUGAAUGGAGGUUAUAAAGAGGCGGUGUUUGUUUCGCUCGUCAUCGUCGACUGAAAGCCACGGAAAUUUGGACGGGACGAUUUUAUCUGUGUGUUUUGUCGUCUGUAGCGCUGUCAGUAACACACACUCGCAAUAAAAGUGCUGACAGACGAGACUGUUUCGUUAUCGUUGGUGGUCGUGCCGUUCUGCAUCCCAGGAUGAGUCCAAAUGCACAUUAUUUUGACGUGUGUACGUCCUCAGACUGAGAUAUUAUUACAGUUCAGAAUCAACUCAACCCAGCGUAAGGCAAAACAAGCAACACCUUUCUAGACAUCAGUGGAUAAACCAGGAAGGUUUUGCAAUAAUCCUGGUCAGAAUUGGUUUGUUCGUCGUUUCUUUAUUAUUAUUUCAGUUAUGACGAAUUUAAAUGCAACGUUUAUUUUAGUUUGAGGAGGUCUUCGCUUUUAGUGUGCGCACGUUAGAGCUUGGGUCCGCCAUUUGAUUUAACAAAUAACCAGGAUAAUUGUGAGGUUUUUAUGUCGCAAUUCUGACUCUUGAGUUACGUCGCUCAUUUCGAACUUUUCUAAAUUGGAUUUGACGCUCAGGUCUUCGAUUUCUGGGGAAAACGUUACAAUCGCUGGAAAUUACAUCAGAAUUGAACGAUUUAAAAAUUGGUUGAAUACAAACGUGCGAUUUUGAGGACAAAAAGUCCGAAUUGUGAGAAAGUCGUAGUUCAUGUUGCGCGUCCACCGAAGCGUUAAAAGUGUGCAGCUAAUAAUGAGCGCUUCUUCAAGUGUCGUAGAUUAAAGAAAAGAACGCUCACUACCUCGCCACGUUGCUGCAGUUAAAAAAAAAAAAAAACGUGGCAAAAAAAUGUGUUUGUGUUGGGAAUAACACUUCGGUGGACACGCACACCCUUAAACUGACAAGUCUAAAUUGUAAUCGCAAAAGUUUAUAAACUUGCAAUUGUGAUACAUAAAGUUUUUUUUUUUGCUACAAAACGUUUAAAUUUGCAAUUGCAAGAAAUUGGGCCGUGAAAAAAAAGUCAGAAUUGUAAAAAGCGUACAAACAUGCAAUUGUGGAAGAAUAGAAAUUACAAUUGCGAAUAUGAACUGUAUACGAAUACAUAUACUGAAUACGAAUUGUUACGAAAAAAAUCCGGAAAAAAAAUACAAAAAAAAAAAUCGAAAUUGCGAAAUAUAAAAGCGCAGUUGCGACAAAUAGUUAGCAUUACAAAAACUUGUCAAGUCAGUUAACAGGAAAAAUUGGACUAUUAGUUAGAAUUGUGAGAUAUAAACUUGAAACGGUGCGAAGUUUUUUGGGGGGAUGGAAAACUCUUGUGAGGUCAAAAUGUACUUUAAAAAAAAAGUCAAGAUUUCGAGGGAAAGUUCAGCCCACAAUUGUAAGGAAUAGUUAGAAUUGCAAGAAAUUAUGAAUUUUGUGCUAAAAAAAUAAAAAAUAGGUCAGCCCCUCCCGCAACAGAUUUUCGAAUUUAUUACAAUUACAGUCGCAAUUUAUUACAAUUUAAUCUUAUGGUGGAAACAAGCAUCAAUAGUACACUGAAGUCAGAAACGUUUGGAUUAGAAUCAUCGUAGACUCAGUCGUGUUUUUUUUUUUUGUUUGUUUUUUUUAAGCGUCCCACAGAAACUCUAAAUACUAGCACGCAGUGCAGACGCGAGGGUCUGAAGGGUCUCGGCUCCACCUACCUCAGCUCCAGCCGUUACUGAUGAUCCUCCGGCUGAAGAGCUUUUUGUGUGAGCGGUGCCACGGACCACUCGUUAAAUUCGUUUAUAACGUUAAAUUCGUUAUCGGCGUUUGUGUCGUACUGAGGUUUUAGCGAAGUACGGCUGACUCUAGAUCAGAGCAUUAAUCCACAGUGGUUUUCUGAGAUGAUGCAUGCGUUUCGUUUUUGACCAUGUUACCAUUUCAUUUGUUCAUCGUAGACAAUCACGAUUACCGCAGUUUGAGUUUGUGCGGAUCUCAGUCAGACGAAACACCAAAUUUAAUUUGACGAGAAUAAAAACUAAUUGUGGGAAGUUAAAAGUAAAGUCUCUUCUGUUGAUUGGGUCUUUUUAGAUUUUGGGAAUUAAUUAGUUUAUUUUAAUUAUUUGGUAAGUUAUUCGUAAAAGCAAUAUUGCACAAACUGUCGUUUAAUAGUAAAUGAAAGUUUACGUGAGAAUGCAUUUAUGAAUGUUUACAAAUUAGUUCACACUAUAUUAUUUGCAAAAGCAAUCUUGCGGAAUUUAUGUUGUCAUUUUAUUUAACGUAAUUUCGCAAUAAUUCGCACAAGAACGAUGUGAUGAAAAAUUUGCUCAAGCUAAUUUUUUCUAUAGUUUCACAAUUUCUAAAUGAUCAGUAAAGCAGUCAAACUUAAUUAGCAAAGGCUGAGAACAAAGUCUGAGGUGUUAAAAGCAGAGUCUCUUCUGUUGUUUUGACCUUUUAGAUGAAAGUAAAUUUAAUUUAUUUAGUAAAUAAUUCAUGAAAAUUAACGUUUUGUUUUUUAUGAAAGUUAACGUGAGUAUGUGUUUAUGAAUAAUGUUGGUUAAGAGUUAACUUGGCUCAUUUCACACCGUAAAUUAUUUGCUGAUGCAAUCUUGCGUAAUUCACUUUUUAUAUUUUUGGCGAAUUUAACAAAUUGCGCAAGAAUUUAAUUAUAAAAAAUAGCUGAUGAAUUUAUUCGACUUGUUUCACAAUAAUUAUAAAUCAUUCAUAAAGGCAAUCUUGUGUAAAUAAACGUUUGAUGAUGCGUUUAUGGAUGACGUUUGCAAGAAUCAGAUCUCGGUUUUACAGUAUGUAGAUUAUUUUUAAAAGCAAUAAUGAUUCAAUUUAUGUUGACAUGACCGUUUACGAAUAAGUUUUAUAAUCGGUUCUGCUUUUCGCAACUUGUAAUUUAUUCAUAAACACAAUCUUGUGUAAAUUUACAUUUAAUUAAGAUAGUUUGCGCAAUUAUUGUCGUCUCUCGGCUUGUUCACUAUCAUUUUUAUAGGUGUUUUGUCGUUUGCUGUGUGACUAGUUCGCAAAUAAGCGUUUUUUUUUACGUUUUUUUUUGGCGAAUAUUUACACAUUCAGUGUUACAAUUUAAGCACGAUUUUUGUAUAUUCACUAAAACUCUGAAUUAAAAUUUAAACAUUCGUAAAUUCAUCCAUUGACAGAUUCCUUUUACGAACAGUUUAGUCAACUCAACAACUCUCAACUUAAAUCUGGUGUUUAAGUCUGACUUCGCUCCAUUGAGGAAUGAUUUUGAGCGUUAGCCAUUUUUAAUAAGUCUAGACGGCUACAUGCUGGACAAACCUCUGUGUUUGACCCAGAGAAAUGCAUGUGGAAUGGGAAAAGUACUCUUGGUUUUUGUAAACCGUGAAAUGGUGGAUGAUUGUUUGGUCUUCCAGUGCUGUUGUUUGUUACGUUGAAGAAGGAAACCCAGAACGUCGCUUUCUGAAAGCUGAGAUAUGAGACUGUUUGAACCGCUGGGCUGCCGUAGGUCGGAUGGUGAUUUGGGAAUUUCGGCAAGGUUUAUUUUGUGUUUGGACUGAGCAGAUCCUUCAUCCAGAAAACUACUUCAUUACCAACAACCUUUUCAUUUGUGUGGAUUUCCCUCCUGUACUGUCUGUUCUUUUCCCCGUGUUGAGGUUUGUAUUUAUAUGUCUGACGGAAAAAAGAAGCUAUGAUCUGAAACCAUUUUUUGGAGGUCAUCGUGUUUUUAUUAAGGUCAUAAUAAAGGAUUUAAUGACUAGG